AUGAUGGCUACAUCGCCCGUGCUUCGUGCCCUGCCGAUGACAACGGCGAGGCGAUCCGUCUCGAAUCGAGCUGGGGCUUCGUCGACAAACAUUGCCUCCAAACCGGCACCUCGUCGGCCCAACGAAGGUUCGGUCCCGAUUCGGCGCACAGCAGAGGUGACGAAGGGGAUGGACAAGAAGAGGCCGAGUCCUGCAGCCGCGUAUCGUGCUCCCGAACCGGCGGGCGGGAGCGAGAGGUCCAAGAGGAUCAAUAGCAAGAGCGUAUGGAGUAGCUGGAAAGACCUCUCGCCGAGGACCAAGUUAGUCUUUGCAGCCGGACUGGCAACAUUCGCAAUGGGCGGCCUGCUGGUGGCGGAUAAGCUGGAAGAACUCUUUCCGGCGCGCAACAACCGAUCCCCGUCGCGACGGUCACAGAUCAGCACGGUAGCCGCGACGGAAGGCUCGGAACCAAAGAUGAUGGAAGUGCCCGCCAACGACGAUGGCGCGGGGACGUCGGCGCAACGAUGCACAGCCGAAGCUCACUCGCCGCCGCCGCAGCCUAGGUUGUUUGCUAUCAGCGUUGUUGAUCGUGAACCCACCAAGUGA